AUGAUGAUAUUAGUGUCAAUGAUUGGUGGAAUUGUUUUAUCCUUACGUAUUUUAACACCUUAUCUCGUCAAAUUCACCUUAAGAGUCUUGAGAAUAUUGGAGACAAAACCAAAUCAAACACAACAAAUUCAACAGAAUCGUGUCAAUCGAUUAAAGGCAUUAAUACAGAAUCUAAUUAAGCUUUUACGUACUACAUUAAUUGAAUUAAACAUAUUUUCAUCAAGAGAUUUCGUGAGUAAUAUUGAUCGAAUGUUAGCAAAAAUUUAUGGCCGAUGGGCAACUCGUCUUUAUAUCGUCCUAUUCAUUAGCAGUUUAAUUAUUUUGAUUUUCUAUACAAUCAUUCAACCAUAUUCUUCACAAACAAGUUUUAAACAACCAUCUUUUAUGUAUUAUACUCAAUUGAAAGGAAUGUAUGGUGAUAAAUUCAAAUGUUCAUGCUCAAGAAUUGCAUCAACGUAUAAUCAAUUUGUUCAAAUCGAACCAAUCUUUCAUCCAAUUUGUUUAAGUAAAUUUGUUUCGAAAGAAUGGCGAGAUAAUCUAACAGAUGGUCUCAUUCCUAAUCUGACUAUAUAUGAACAAAGAGAUUAUCGUCGAUUUCUUUCUGCUCAUUUGCAAUACCUUCAAGGUUUAUGUCAACUUUCUAAACGAACAGUAAAUAAUUUUAUAAAUGAAUUUUUAACAUCAUUAUUAGUCACUGUUGAACUUCUCUCGGAGCAUAAUUUUGAUCAUCACUUGAAUAUAUCAAUCGAACAAAGUAAAUUAAAAGCACCUGCGCUAUUUUCUCGUCUUCUUUUCUUUACUCAAAGUAUUAUACAUGGAAAUGCUCUUAUAUCAACUUAUGGAACGAAUUUCAAAUAUAUCAACAUCAUAGAUGGUUCUGCACAAACUCGUGCACCUACAGAAGCAUUAAUCUAUGACGAUAAUUGUUCGUGUGGUUUGUCUCCAAAAUGUACAACUCAAGCAGUUUUCAUUGAAACAAAUACAUCAGAAAAUGUUUCUGUUAAUGGUAUGAGAAUUGGUUGUACACCAAGUGAAUCACUUCUUGCUUCAACUCUUGAGUGUUUCUAUGAUCAAUUAUGUAUUAAUCUUAUUCAACAGUAUACUAAUUAUCCCAACUCUUCAACGCCUCUCCCAACAAACUCAAGUCGUUUUUCCCAAAAUACAACAGUCGAUGAACUUCAACGUCGUUUAUUCAUUGAACGAUGGUCAACACAUAAGAAUUAUUCAUCGUAUUAUGAUCAAUGUUCGCCAUUAUCAUGCUCGUAUACAACUAUUGAAAAAUUUAAUAUUUUUAAUAUAUUCACUCUUAUACUUGGUCUACAUGGUGGUUUGACAAUGGUUCUCCGAUGGAUCUGUCCAAAGUUUAUUCAAAUUGGGCUAAAGAUCUAUCAUUAUCGAAAAAGACGAACGGUUACUGUUCAUCCUACGAAUUCAACGGUGCAACAUACUACUUGGAAUUGUGCCAAUGAACCAACGAAUAUAACAAACCGAAAUAAUGUUAUAACACAUACUCGCUCGAUGUCCAAGAUCGUAUUUAUCAUUAUGCUACUACUAAGUACUUUAAUAGGAAUUAUUACUUUUUCAAUAUAUUAUAUUCGACAAGAGAAUAUACCAAUCAGUAAUACUUCAAAUACGUCGCUAAGUACAACAAUGUCAACAUAUUCAAGCACACUAAUAUCUUUCGAGCCACUAUGUCAAUUGAAAGUUCAACGAUUAGCACUUAAUCCACUAUGCACAUGUAUGAUUUCUGGUCCAUAUUUGAUUGCUGAUCUAAAUGAUGACAAUCAAGUUGACUUCAUCUUUUCCUGUGAUGGGAAUUCGACGGUCAAUGUACUUUUCGCGAAUUCUAAUUGCUCGUCUCAGAUAUACAUACCGACUUUGAUAUCUAUAACUAUAACUCAGAUUUAUGUUAAUGAUAUGAACAACGAUGAACAAGCCGAUAUCAUUCUAGUAAAUAAUAAUAUGUACAGCACAUCUAUCUAUAUUUUAUUUGGUAAUAACGGUGAGCCGUUUCAAUGGCAAGAUUGGAAAAUAUUAUUUUUGGCUGAACCCACAGUUGAUCUUAGUAUAAUUGAUCUUAAUAAUGAUAAUACAUUGGAUGUGAUUGGCGUGGGUGAAAAAGGCGAUAAAAUUUAUUUCUAUUUUGGAAAUGGUGCUGGAACGUUCACGACACAGAUUUUAACAUUAUUUUCAGAAUUUAUUAUUGACCCGAAACAAUUGAUUGUUGUUGAUUUUGAUAAUGAUACUUGUUUAGAUAUAGCUGUAUUAGAUGGCAGAUCUUUUCAUAUGCAUGUGUUCUUUGGUAAUACUAAUGGAAGUUUUCAAUUACAGAAACAGAUUUUUACUGGAUUUUUUAAAACAUUAUUUCGAUUGGUUACUGGUGAUUUUGAUGGUGAUCAUCAAUCAGAUGUCGUUUUUCUUCACAGUUGGAAAGAUACCAUUUCCAUUUUAUAUCAAUAUAAGAAUGGAACGUUUCAUUUUAAUGAGCAAAUUGUUAUCGAAACAGCAGUUUUAUCAUUAAAUUCAGAAUCUAUCGCUCUACAUGAUCUAAAUAACGAUAAUAAUUUAGACAUUAUUAUUGGUUCACCUUCAUCAAAUGAAAUCUAUGGUCUAAUGGGAAAUGGAAAAGGAAAAUUUCAUGUACAAAUUCUAUAUNAUACCAUUUCCAUUUUAUAUCAAUAUAAGAAUGGAACGUUUCAUUUUAAUGAGCAAAUUGUUAUCGAAACAGCAGUUUUAUCAUUAAAUUCAGAAUCUAUCGCUCUACAUGAUCUAAAUAACGAUAAUCAUUUAGACAUUAUUAUUGGUUCACCUUCAUCAAAUGAAAUCUAUGGUCUAAUGGGAAAUGGAAAAGGAGAAUUUCAUGCACAAAUUCUAUAUCCGAAUAAACUCGAUGAUUCUUCAAAUAACAUCAAUGUUGACACUUGUCAAAAUAUUAUUAAUGCGAAUGCUGUGUCUAAUAUGUUAUAUAUUCUUUUAAAACCGUGUCAAUGUCUAACAGAUCAGAUCGCGUCUUAA